AUGGCGCGCUGCCUGAGAAACUGCACUCGGCCACAUCUCUUGCAGAGCCCGCCCGCCUGGCUGAUGUCUUCCUCAUCCUCUUCCAUCCCUCAUGCCCCUACAAUCGUCUCCUCUCUCUCUUCUUCUCCCUUUCCUAGUUCCGUUGUCCGACGCGUGCUCAUACAUUUCCCGCCAUCUCGCCACGUUGGCAUCCACACACCUUUCUCUACCGCCCGCAGGCUAAUCGGUUUGCCGGUGACGAACAAGCCGACCUUGGCCAUGGGACCAGCUCCCCGCACCCCCCGGUCCCGUCGAAUUCGGGGGCUGGCCAGACUAGCCCACCCCUUUGACAGUCCAGCCGACUCGGGCUACGGUUCCUCUGAGUGCUCUUCGCCGGAGAAGAGAGCCCACCAGGACGAUGUCCCAGAAUUCCCUCCAUACUGUCUCAACUACGACUUUGUGUGUGACGGCUCCGGAUCUUCAGAUAAGCACGAGUCUGAUCACGAGUCUGAUAAAGAGCCCGAGGUUGAACCCACGCCCACGAGAAGACAGACUCGAUCCAGAUUGCGUACCGGCAUUCCCGCAAACUUUCACUCCAACAAGGUGGUCCGGCCAAAACCGAAUCGACAAUAUACAAAAGGGUCCCUGAACCUGCCAGACCGCUUCAUACCACGAUGGAAAGCGUCCGCACCCAUCUCUAUCACGUACCGUACCUCCAAGCUCGUCGAUGACUUGACAGCCUCCGAGAGGCUUUUACGCAACCAUCAUGCCUCUCCUGACGUCUUUCUGCACCGAGCGACCGCCAAUGCCCCCCCUUUGGCCUCAGACUUCCGCUACGUCUCCCGCAUGGAAGAGGCGCCAAGUAGGAGAUUUCAGCACCUGCCCCACACUCGAAACGGCUCGCUAAUAGCCACCCAAGUAGGAACGACAAUCGUCCCUAUGCCGGAGAACCGACGCAUCUUCAGGGCACGGGCUUCUCGAAUCGAGCGCAGGCUGCCUUCAGCCCCGUUCCGUGUGCUUGACGCCCCCGAUCUCCGCGAUGACUACUACUGCUCAACGCUGGCCUACUCGGGGACUUGGAACGUCCUUGCGGUAGGGCUGGGAGGCACGCUGUACUCAUGGUCUAGUCGUCACGGAGUCAUGCCCGUACAUCCCACAAACCCGCCACGGAGGGUCUCCACUGAGGACUUGAUCGUAGGCGACGUCUUGGGACAUAUUUACUACUACGUUGUGGAGUGGCCGGAAGCUUGGGAAGUGGCCCGCGAUGACUGGCCUGGCUCCAUUACGCUGGUAGCUAAGAUUUCUGCCCAUGCUUUGCAGAUCUGUGCAUUAGUCUGGUCCCCCAACGGUCAAGUCUUUGCGACUGGUGCCAAUGACAACUAUUGCUGCUUGUUCGAGGUCAACAAGAUCCUACAACCACAACGACACCAGGGUUCAGUCUCGCCGACGGUACGGAAGCGGAGGCAGUCAUCGGAAAGCAUCGGCAGUGAGUUGUAUGACCUGCUAAUACAAAAUGAAGGAAGGGAUGAAGAGGCAUUUCAACUUCUUAGAGACGGUACCAGCAUCCGGACCGUCCGAACCUCGCCUGAUGAGGUGCCGCAGUUCGGACCCGGUUCAGAGACGCAUCGCUGGAUCCACAGCGCCGCCGUCAAGGCGAUUGCCUUUUGUCCAUGGCAGGACGGCCUCGUUGCGACAGGGGGCGGCUCCAAUGACCGAUGCAUACACUUCUUCCACACCAAGACCGGCACAGCUCUCGCAACCAUUGCAUGUGCGGCGCAGGUGACAUCACUCAUAUGGUCCACGAACCGGCGUGAGAUUGCUGCCACUUUUGGCUAUUCACAACCCGAACAUCUGUUUCGUAUUGCCGUGUUCAGUUGGCCUUCGUGCGAGAUGGUCGGCGUGGUCAAGUGGGAAAAGGGCCACAGAGCGCUCAGCGCCAUUGCGUACCCUGGCGGUCCCAAGGGACUGUGUCGUGACCGAGCAAGAGAGCGCCCAGCAGAGGAAGGCGGCAUUGUCGUGGCAUCGAGCGACAAUACCAUCAAGUUUCACGAAGUCUGGCAAGCGGCGAAGAGGGUCAUGGUGGGAGGCAAGGGAAUGCUAGGAGGAAGUGAUAUCCUCGAGGGACUUGAGGGCAUGUACAAAGAGGGAGAUAUCAUUCGCUAA